UCACGAAAUGUUCAAUUCUGUUUCGCUGAUCGUCGUCACUGACCACGCAUUCUAUUUUCAAGCGGCGCGCGCGGCCUUUAUUUUUGUUUUGUUUAUGCUGCGGUGCUCCAAAAAGUCAGGCCAAAAAAUAAAAACAAAUCUCUGACCAGAAAACCGGCCACUGUUAUGACGAUGAGUUAGUCGACGAGCAAAGCUUCCUCUCAGAGGACGUCUACGGUGGUGAUGUCUUCUUGUCUCCGCUUUUGGUCAGUUUGGUUCGUGAUCGUUACAUGGAGUUUCGCAUGUUUGACCUUCACCCCGACACCAUGCACGGUUUCCAAUCAAUUCAUGACAGGAUUUUGUAUGGCAGCUGACAAAUGCCCAGCGUAUCAGCAAUUGAAGCAGGCCAUGGCCAACAACGAAAUAGAUCCAAGCUUCAUCAGUAGCAUAAACUGUUCUCGGAGUGACACUGCCUACUUUGUUUGCUGCCCUUUAAACUCCAACUACUUAGUUCCGAACGCCGGAAUGGUCGAUCUUAGUAAGCUCAAGCAGCAAUGUGGCUUGGCAUUGUCCGAUGUACGCAUCAUCGGUGGUCAAAAAACGGAAAUAGACGAAUUUCCCUGGCUGGCUUUGAUGUUUUACGAAUCCGACGAAUCUGAUGAAUUGGUGCCAAAAUGUGGAGGUGCUCUUAUUUCGGAAUGGUGGGUUCUCACGGCAGCUCACUGCAUCACUGGACGGGAUAGUGGAAAACUCAAAAUGAUUCGAUUCGGAGAACAUGAUCUGGACACAGAGAAAGAUUGUAACCGACAUGAGUGCGCCGAUCCGGUUGUUGACAUUGGCGUUCAAACCACCAUCGCUCAUCCAAACUAUGUACGUACCAGCUGGAGUAAGGCCAACGAUUUGGCACUGGUCAAAUUGAUGCGUAACGUAUCGUUCACUGACUUUGUGAGACCAAUCUGUUUGCCAAGCUACUUCAACGAUCCGGAGAGCAAACUCGGAAUUGCAGUCGAGCUCGUAGCAUCCGGCUGGGGCUAUACAGACUACUAUGAAACGGAUACAAUCGUCUCGAGCAGGGUUAAGCUAAAGGUUGCGCUACCCCAGAUCCAGCUGUCCCAAUGUCAAUCGAUCUACGGCGAGUACCAGGUGCCGAUAAGCGAGAAGCAGAUCUGUGCCGGGGGUCAGAAGGCUCAGGACACGUGCCGCGGGGACAGUGGAUCCCCAUUGAUGUUCUACGAUGCCGGCCGAGGGCGCUGGUUCGCUUACGGAAUCGUCAGCCGAGGACCGUCCCAUUGUGGAACCGAGGGCAUCCCGAGCGUCUAUACCAAUUUGUUUCAAUACGGCGACUGGAUCCGGAGAACAAUGGCAAACAAUUGAGCUGGGACUGUUUUUUUUGUAAGAAAUCCGUUUAAUAAAGCUAGCAGGAAAAAAACUUAAUCAAGCCAUCUUACAUUGGUCUAAUCCGUUCUGGUAGUGCGACCGAAUAGAGCGAUUUAUCCUUUUACCUAUUGUGCUACCCCCUGUGUGUAUGGAA